AUGGCGUCUCGAGGUCGCGCGGCCGACAGCCAAGUGCUCUCGCUGGACUCCAAUGAGCCAGGACGACCGCCUUCGAGCGCGGGUUCCUCGCGCCCCAACACGUCCGGUGGGCGGUCCAAGAAGCCCAAGCUCAGCGAGUUCCGCCAGUACCUGGAGAAGGAGGAGCUGCCGCUGCUCAUCGAGACGCGCCACGGCGUGCGCCGCGUGACGUGGACGGCCAGCCUGAAGCAGAUCGACUUCGCGCACUUCCUGCCCAUCUGCCUCAGCGGCCUGCAGGAGAAGCUCGAGCCGUACCCGUCGUUCGCCUUCGACGCCGCCGUGGGGCUGCUCGAGAGCGGCCGGCGCGACACGCGCGUGCUCAAGGCGCUGCCACAGGUGGUCCAGCAGCUCAAGAGCGCCCUCAGCACGCGCGAGAAGGCCGUGGUGCAUCGUGUGCUGCUGGUGCUGCAGCAGUUGGUGGUCUGCGAAGGCGUCGGCUCGGCGCUGGCCGACUACUACCGGUCCCUGCUGCCGCUGUGCAACAUCCUGCAGGACAAGCACCUCGGCACGGGGGACAGCGCCACCAAGGAGCUCGUGGCCGAGGCGCUCGAGACCAUGGAGGCCUACGGCAGGGACGACGCGCACUUGGUGAUCCAGCAGUAUGUCCCAGCGUUCCAGAGCUGCUGCGGCGCGUGA